AUGCCCCGUGACUUUACAACUACUGACGGAUUCAAUCGAAAUCAUGACACCGCAGACUUCCCCUCGACCAUACCGCGGGUGUAUUCCGAUCUAGGGUUUACCGACCUGCGGAUCGAGAACUACCCCAGGGAGAGUAAGGAUGUCACCCCAAUACAGGUCCUUACGCUGUAUCGCCCAUCCCGCCGCAAUGCCUUUACGGAGACCAUGGGUGAUGAGUUGGUGCAGGCUUUCAAUACGUUUGACAUAGACGACCGAGUCAAGUGUAUCGUCGUGACUGGCCACGGCGACAUUUUCUGCGCCGGCGCGGAUCUCGCGGUGAUGCUUCGAAAGACGGACGAGAAGGUCAACGACCACCGAGAUACCGGAGGUCGCGCCGCUCUUGCUAUUCAUCGCUGCCGGAAGCCAGUCAUUGGGGCGCUCAACGGCGCUGCUGUCGGAAUUGGCAUCACCCUGACGCUCCCAAUGGCAAUCCGGAUAACAGCAAAGGACGCGAAAAUUGGGUUCGUGUUCGGUCGCAGAGGCCUCGUGAUGGAGGCCGCCUCGUCAUUUUUCCUCCCGAGACUCAUUGGGAUGGCACAGGCCCUGCACCUCAUCACCACCGCGGAAGUUCACCCCGCCUCGCACCCGCUAUUAUCGACGCUCUUCAGUGAAGUUCUGCCGAAUUCCUCCGACGUCUUACCCCGCGCACUUGAACUCGCCCAAGGCUUCGUAGACAACUGCAGCAGUGUGUCGUGGGCCCUGUGUCGGGACAUGAUGUGGCGGAAUCCUGGGUCUGCGGAAGGCGCGCACUUGCUCGACUCGCGAAUCAUCUACUCAUUAUUCGGUACGCCAGACAACGAGGAGGGCGUUCAGAGCUUCUUUGAAAAGAGGAAAGCAAACUUCAAGGGGACCCUCCGCGAGGAUGCCCCACUAGCCUAUCCUUGGCGGCGAAGGACCUCGACUCAAAACUCGAUUAACGCCCAGGAUCCCGCUACAGUUCAUGUUCAGGCGCCGGUGGACGCUGGAGCGCCCCUCGAGCAAGCAUCGGUGCGCUUCAAGUUCCAAAUCGUCAAUUAUGCGGCUGGAUACCUGUCGCGCAAGGAGGCCAUGGCGGCAUUAUUCCUCAAGGCUAGGUGCUCUUCCGAGCCGGAUGACCUAUCGGUUGUGCAGGCGCUUCUGAUUCUCACAUUUCACUAUGAAACGCCGGAAGAUCCGAACCGCAUGCUAUCCUUGGGGAUGCGACGGCCCAUGCACAUCUCCGAGACACUCUCGUACCCCGAACUGACGGUUGAAGACUUUGAUAUUGGCCUUAUCCCGAUGCAGACGGGCCGUAUCACCGCCGAGUGUCGGUAUUCGAUAGACCUGGGUGUACAGGCCAGACUGGCGUACAUGUGUGUCAUCAAGGCUAAGAUUUGUGUUGCCAUGGGACACAUCCUUGCGACGCAGUAUCACGAGCAUCGCCGUCCGGCAAUGCAUGGCCAAGCCCUGGCUUACGACAAUGUUGCUUCGAGAUUGGUUCUCAAAGGUCUAAGGGAAGAUAGCGUGGAGCUGAAACGGCAGGAGCGUGAGCUCCAUGACUGCUCUCAGAUGAUGGCGAUAGAUCCCCGCCCAAAUCUUACGGUAGACGAACCGGCGCAACUGCGCGUCCACCGGUCCUUACUACACAUGAUAUACUAUACGGCCCUCUCCACAUUUCAUCGACCCCAGGCCUUGAAGUCUCCCCUCGAUACCCAAAGGUGCGACUCUUGGCCAACAACAAAGUCUCGUGAGGCGUUGCAAACUGCCGCAGAGCGCAUUACUUGCCUAGCAACGGAGCUGGAUGACCAGGACUUGGUCAAAUAUCUCCCACUGACAGGGAUCACGGUCCUCCUCCCAGCUCUUGCCACCCAUUUGCUCAAUACAAAUAGUGAAAACUUGCCGACUCGCAUGGAGGCUAUGCAAGAAUUUUCUCGAUGCCUCGGUGUGCUCAACAAGUUCAAAGAGACUUAUGUGGCGGCGGAAUAUACCGGUCGCAUCCUCGAGCAUGCCAUCGAUGCGAUGCAAAGGCAGGGAAUCAGGCUUAGCCCGUCGUUGGACCCGUCUUUACUCGACAUAAACUUCGACCAACUCAAUGCUCCCGGAGACUUUGAUGGCUUGGACCAAAUUUAUAACGAUAUCUUCUUGUGA